AUGGCCGCGCCUCAGUAUUUUUACCAGACCUUAGAUCGCUUGAUGGAUCUCAGACUCGAAGCCGCUUUAGAGACCAUGUUGGAAACUUACGAGGAGUUGGUAGACCAAAUGAUGAUGGCUUCUCUCGCAUAUCAGUUCCGGUUCCCUUUAACCAGUCGAGUCUCGCAUGCAGUCCUUUUCAGGACUUUACCUUCACGGAUUUUGUCAUUGCUGGAGGGCAGGUGGAUCGUUGGGAGCGCGGCACUAGACCGCCGUGAUGCUCUUGUUUUCACUACGCUGCGAGGAUGUUCUUGCAGUCGAGACUUGCUUCCAGAACAAUUACUCCGGGCACUUCUCUGCACCAACACAUGCGCCAAAUGA